AUGCCGACGAACUUCCUCACUCUCCCCGGCGAAAUCCGCAACAAAAUCUACAAGUAUUCCCUAGUCCGGGACAGGAACAUCAACCUCUGGCGUAUGGGCACGUACCGGGACAUAGCAGCCGGUCUCCUUCGCGUGAACCGAAUGAUCCACCACGAGGCUAGAUCAAUACUCUAUGGUUGCAAUCGCUUCAACUUCAUCGCCGAUGCACCCGAGCAUAUAACCGAGUUCCUUGACAAAAUUGGCCUUACCAAUGCGAAUCACCUUGAGUCUAUCCGUAUCGAAUUUCCUCAUCUACAGGAUCACUACGACGAUGUCCGCCUGGAGGACGACAGUCUUCGCAUCCUCACAGCGAUCCAGGACCACUGCACCAACUUGAAGACACUCAUAAUGUCUUCAUACAGCAUAAGUAUGAGGAUGCUCAGUCCCAGCGCACCUCACAGCACAGAGAUCCUCGCUAAGGUGAUGGCCCUGGUUGACGCACAUUUGAAGAAAAUUCCAUCUCUUCAAGAAAUAAUUGUUGAGUCUGGUCCAUAUGGACCGAGUACUGAUAUCGGAAGAGAAAUGCUGAAUUAUGGAUGGGUUAUCAAAUGGCCAGAACAUGUGGCAGACGAGGAAGACGAGGACGAGGAUGAUAUCUGGGAAUGCGAGGAGGACCUGGGUUCUUCUGACGAUGACUACGGCAUUGACAACGAUAGUGACUUCUGGAGACGGGCGAUGGACUAA